GAACAGACUGUAUCAUCUAUCUAAAUGAAUGAAUUCAGCCAUGCAAUGUUCCUGGAAGGCUGUGAUUCUGCUAGCCUUAGCGUCCAUAGCGAUCCAGUACACAGCCAUCAGGACGUUCACAGCCAAGCCAUUCCAGAUGUGUCCAGUGACAAUCUCCAACCCUCUGAACUGUGGCAUGCUGGGGCAGGAUGUGGUGGACUUGUCUUUUGACAAGCGGAUCUGUGACGACUUUCUUUACUUCUCCUCCAAUGUCUCCAGGAAGACCCAUGUUCUCAUCCUGGCCACGACCCGCAGCGGCAGCUCCUUCGUGGGUCAGCUGUUCAACCAGCACCAGGAUGUGUUUUAUCUGUUUGAGCCGCUCUACCACGUCCAGACCACCCUGCUCCCCCGCCUGUCCCGCAGCAGGACGGCAGGCGACACCAGGGUGAUGCUGGGAGCUAGCAGGGACCUGCUCCGGAGCCUCUAUGACUGUGACCUUUACUUCCUGGAGAGCUACAUCAAACCCCAGCCGGCCAAUCACAGUACAGACAAGUUGUUCCGGAGGGGAGCCAGCAAGGCUCUGUGCUCCCUGCCUGUCUGCGACGCCUUCAGUCCUGGAGAGUUGAACAUCGAUGAAGGAGAGUGCGUCAAGAGGUGUGGGGUUCUCAACAUGACGCUGGCGUCGGACGCUUGCCGGGAGCGGCGCCAUGUGGCCAUCAAGACCGUACGGAUACCUGAGGUGAGUGACCUCAGGGCUCUGGUGGAGGACCCUAGGCUCAACCUCAAGGUGAUCCAGCUGGUUAGGGACCCCCGAGGGAUCCUGGCCUCACGCAUUGAGACCUUCAGGGACACCUACCGCCUCUGGAGGAUCUGGAGGGCCACUGGGAGGAGGCCCUACAACCUGGACCUCACCCAGCUUACCAUGGUCUGUGAGGACUUCCUGGGAUCUGUAACCACUGGGCUCAGCAAGCCUCCAUGGCUCAAAGGGAGGUAUAUGCUGGUCAGGUAUGAGGACCUGGCCAAGAACCCUCUCCAGAAGACCAAGAAGAUCUAUGAUUACCUGGGUCUGGUCAUGGACAAGAACGUAGGAGACUGGAUCCAGAACAACACUAGGGGAAGCAAUGAUCUGUCAGCCAAGCAUAAAUACGGCACUGUUCGGGACUCAGCGGCCAACGCAGAAAGCUGGAGGCUCAAAUUGUCUUAUGACAUGGUUGAUUACACACAGACUGUGUGUCAGCAAGUUCUACAGGAGCUGGGUUAUAAGACUGUCAGUUCGCCCGAGGAGCUGAAAAAUCUGUCUCUCACUCUCAUCGAGGACAAAACUUUUGUACCUUUUUUGUAGAAAAGCAAGGGCCAAUCACAACGCACAAAUAUUUUUGUUAUAUUUACAUUGUUGCCUUCAUUUCCUCUCAGAUUUGCACUAAACCUCAGAAACCUUGACGACUCAUGUGGUAAGAUUUAAGACAUUCAGAACAGCACAAGAAAAAUCAUUUGGGAAUGCUGUUUUAGAGAUUUCAGUAUCAAUGUUUAAUCGAUAUUGAAGGGACACUAAUGUCAGGUUAAUUGACAUGAACAACCUACAGUGAUGCACCAUCCUACUUAAGUUCCCUGAAUGCUGACAGUUGCAUUGACAAAAGUGAAUGUUAAUAUUUGUACAUCAAGAAAACUGGACCUACUGUACAAUAUUGUUAGGGAAUGUACCUAAUCAUACCUUAACUGAUAAAUGCUGAGGUGUAGGCCCAUGAUAAAACCAUGCAAGAUACAUUUGAAUGUUGCAGUCAAUUUAAAUGGUGUUGUUUAAAUAUUACCGAGGGUAACAAUUAAGGGGUGGCGCUUUAAUCGUGUUGAAAUAGCUUAACCGAGGGUUGUCAAAUCCACCCUCACCAAAGGGUAAUGAGUGCCAGACAACAGUGAUUUUACAGAGACUUCAUCCCAAAUGGCACCCUAUUCCCUAUCUAGUGCACUACUUUUGAUCAGGGCCCAUAGGGUGUUGGUCAAAAGUCGUGCACUGUGUAGGGAAUAGGGUGCCAUUGCAGACGCAAGCAUAGUUUACCCUGAUCAUCCAAGUGUCAGCGAGGUGUUGGAAAUGUUUAGUUCGACUUCCCGGCCAACUACUGACGAUGUGGAGCAGGCAGGCAAUCGGAGACAGCUGCAGUGGCUGAUUAGUCUUAUGUAGGUAAGCUAGCUCUGGUCUUCACAACAUUAUCAGGGUAGUGGAGUUUUCAAUCUCUGGAAGGAAUAGAAUUGAACUGAAUAGAAUACAGUAUUUUAUGUUCCAUUUGUCAACAGAAACUGACCAUUAUGCUGUCACAAUAAGUGAGGAAGGCCUUUGUUAUUAUCUAUUUAUUUAUUUAUUUUGAGUUAUUACUUUACAAACAUGUACUAAAAUAACUUACAUGAAACAGUGACAGGCUGGGAAAUGGCCUUACCCAAUCCCCUUGGACUCUUAAAGUUGAGUUCUUUAUCCUCAAAGACACUGUUUUAAAACAUAUUUUCCUUUAUUAUUUUCCCUAAACCCUACUGUCCCUCCCUUAUUGGAGUAAAUGAAUGGACAACAACACUUAGCCUUCUACUUCUCGCUUAUACAUACUAUAUACAUCUUACAGACACAGUAUAUUACAAUAGUUAUCUAUUGUUUGUUUUUUUGUCCCAUCCUUCAGCUACCCUCAACCCCUCCCAUCUAUCUCUGAAGACCAUCCAGUUUUGAUUUCUAUUUGCCAUAUAUUUUUCAACUGUGCUGUUUCACAAAAGCUCUGAACCUAUAUACACUAACUUCCAAAAGUUUGGGGUCACUUAGAAAUGUCCUUGUUUUUGAAAGAAAAUCAUAUUUUCUUGUCCAUUAAAAUAACAUCAUAUUGAUCAGAAAUACAGUGUAGACAUUGUUAAUGUUGUAAAUGACUAUUGUAGCUGGAAACGGCAGAUUUUUAAAGGAAUAUCUACAUAGGCGAACAGAGGCCCACUAUCAGCACCAUCCCUCCUGCGUUCCAAUGGCACGUUGUGUUAGCUAAUCCAAGUUUAUAAUUUCAAAAGAAUAAUUGAUCAUUAGAAAACCCUUUUGCAAUUAUGUUCGCACAGACUGGUGUUUUGCGAGUACUAUUUAAUGAAGCUGCCAGUUGAGGACUUGUGAGGUGUCUGUUUCUCAAACUAGACACUCUAAUGUACUUGUCCUCUUGCUCAGUUGUGGACCGGUGCCUCUCACUGCUCCUUCUAUUCAAAAACAAGGAGUGAUGGUUGGAGUGAUGGUUGUUGAUAAUGGGCCUCUGUACGCCUAUGUAGAUACUCCAUUCAAAAUCAGCCAUUUCCAGCUACAAUAGUAAUUUACAACAUUACCAAUGUCUACACUGUCUGAUCAAUUUGAUGUUAUUUACAUGGACAAAAAAUGUGCUUUUCUUUCAAAAACAAGGACAUUUCUAAGUGACCCCAAACUUUUGAACAGUAGCGUACAUUUUACGGACACAGUAUAUUUUAUAUUAGUUAUCUUGUUGGUAUUAGUCCCACCUUUCAGCUCCACUCAACCCCUCCCAUCUAUCUCUUAACCCCACCCAGUGUUCAUUUCUAGCUGCCAUAUACAUAUAUAUCCCACUGAGCUGUGAUGAUUCACAAAAGUUCUGAACUUUUCUAUUCUUAUGUUUCUACAGAUUGUAAAUUAAAGCUACAUUUUUUUGCCAAGAGUAUUAUUAUAUUAUUGAUCGAUUGACUAUGACUUUUUAAAUCACCCAGCAGUGCUCUUUGCAGAUUUAGCUCCAUGUAAAUGUUGCAAUUCUUCAGCCAUUCCUGAACCUGCAACCAAAGCUACAUAUGGACAGUACCAUAACAAAUUAUCUAAUGAUUCUGUCUCUUCACAGCAAAAUCUGCAGAGCUGGGAUGGUUGUAUCCCCCAUAUAUAUAACAUUCUGUUGGUUGCAAUAAUUUUGUAUAAUAAUUUAAAUGAAAACGUUUUGAAUCCAUCGUCAUUUUGUGUAUCAGUUCAUAAACCAUGUGCCAUGGAAUCGGUACAUAGAAAAUCUCUUCCCAACUAUUUUGCAAUCUACACGGCACAGCUGUCAUUUGUGGUAUGCGUUUUUUAUUCAUCACAAUUAUCUAUAACCAAUUUUGGUCUUUAAUGCAGGGCCGACAGACAAGUUCUUUACGUUCUCCCCCUUCCAUUUUUGUGGUAAUGCUAGAAUUAGUUAGUUGUAAUUUUGGAUAGGGCAGACAAUCCUAUUUAUUUUUGUUAGCUGCAUGUGUGACAUAACUCCACCAGUCCUAUUUAUGAUAUAAUUUACAAAGAUUAUACCAUUUUUAUUUUAUUAUCAAUUAGUAUAUUUGGGUUUACCCAUAAUAUUUGUUGUUGUAAUAUUUGUUCUGUCUUUUCUGGUGGAUUAAAGUGAAAUUGC